GCCAAGCAUUAUCGCCAGUUAGACGUUAGUACUUAGACGGUUUUGUUUAUUAGCAGUUAAAUUAUAUAUAUAUAUAUAUAUAUGUAAAAUGAUGAUAAUAUGAUGGUACUUUUCAUAUUUUAUAUUAAAUUUGUCCAAAGUUCAAGGAUAUAUUUUUUUAUUUAAUUAAGAUUUUUAUAUAACUGUUUACAUUUUAUUUAUUAACCAUUUACAAAAAUGGGUAACCGAUCUUCAUUGUUAUUACGUAAAGAAGAAAUUGCUCAAAUAAGAAGUGAAACGGGUUUCACUGCAAAUCAAAUUGAACGACUGUACAGUAGAUUUACUAGUUUGGAUAGAGGAGAUUUGGGUACUCUAAGCAGAGAAGAUUUACUCCGAAUACCUGAAUUAGCCAUAAACCCUUUGGGAGAGAGAAUUGUCGAUCUUUUCCAUGCAGAUUCUAGUAACAACAGUAGUCGUAUCAACUUUUUACAGUUUAUGAGAGUACUAUCAAAGUUUAGACCAAUUAAACCACUUAAGGAAAACAAACAAAAUAAUCGAAUGGAAAAAGUAAAAUUUGCGUUUGAUAUGUACGAUGUAGACAACGAUGGUUUGAUAUCCAAAGAUGAAUUACUAAUUAUAUUACAUAUGAUGGUCGGUGCUAACAUCAGUGAAGAGCAAUUGUCAAUAAUAGCAGAUAAAACAAUAUCUGAGGCCGAUAUCGACGGAGAUGGGUUGAUUUCUUUUGAAGAAUUCAGUAAAACGUUUGAAAAAUCUGAUAUUGAAAAUAAAAUGUCAAUCAGAUUUUUAAACUAGCCAAGACUGACAAUUUCGAAUCUACCAUUCCACUCUCCGAUUCUCUUCGUGUAAUUAGUACUUUCACUGUUACUAAACCAACUAUAUAUAUUUAUAUACAAUUUUUAAUUUUUAAAUGAAUUCAAUAUGUACGUGAAUGGAUGAAUGUAAUUUUCUAAUAUAAAUACAUUU